AUGUUUUUGCCGGAAGCAAUACGACCUCUACCAAAAGCUCCUCCAAGAAAACUAACAAAUAGAGGGCGAAAAACUAGGAUAUCUACAAUCUACACAGAUACCCCUGAAAAUGUAUGGAAAGAAUAUGUAAAUAUAUUGAAACACACCAAAGCUAAACAAGUAAUGAAAAGAUUACAUGGAGGGGAGACUAAAACAAAUGCUGGGAACAGGAAAAAAGAGAACACGCAAAAUGCAUCAUCGUCAUCAAAAGAGGAGUGCUACUGCCUUGUAUGUAUGUCACGAUAUUCGGAAAGCAGACCGAUUUUAAAUGGAUACAAUGCACAGAAUGUAAAAUGUGGGCGUAUGAAGAAUGUACAGAAGGUAUUCUUAAUUAUGUUUGCCACAUUUGUGAUUCCGAUUGAUAUUUAA